AUGGUUCCUGACAGUGCUGAUGAUCUUAGUGACGAGUACUGUCCAAACUGUGACAAUCACUUUGUCAUUGAUGCGCUGACACCGAAGGCGGCCUUGAAGGUCGAGAGCGAGGAUACAAGGGUGGACGCGAGAAUGAUCAAAGAUGAGCGGGUAAAACAGUCAAACCAGCAGUCGAUAUUUGACCUCCAAGGAGGAACGGAGCGGCUGGGUUGA